AUGGGAGAUCACGAUACAACGCCGACCUGUCUCUCCGCGGAACCCCACGGGCCCGAAGUCAUCCGGGACAUUUUGGCACAUUACUUUGGCUGCAUUGAGAUACAUGAACGUCCCAACUUCCUGUCUCGUAGUGGGAACAAGUCCUACUGGGACAAAGAAGUCCAACUUGAGAUACAGAAGUUGAACCAGCAAGAUGGAAACGAUGAAACGAAGCAGGACUUCAGAGACCGCGCCGAGGAGAAUGUCAAGAAGAAGAUCCGCAGUCAUGCCAUUUCCAUUGAGGCACAGUAUAAACGAACAGACACUUUGCGCAGAGCUCUUGAGGGUGUCAAAUGUCCUCACGAGAGGGACGGAGGCCAUUCUGAGGACUGCAAUCUUGUGAAGUGUCUGGCGGCAAGUUUUGACAAGUGGAGGGGUGACAAAACGACCAAGAAAGGAAUCCGGGAUAUACGCGAAUGGAAGAGGACGAAUAACAGACCUACCGACACCUUUACUCCGGACCCAAGAACAGUAGAUCUAGGCCGGUGUGAGGUUCUGGACCUCAUAGGAAGCAAUGAGAACACGGGUGAAAGUUCUGAUGACGAGGCAAAGAAAUACGAUUUGGAGCGGGACAUCAAUGGAUACAUCAUGGAAUGGGACAUUUGCAACCCUGAGCGGAAAGGAACGGAAGGCAAUGACCCUGGCCAGCUUUCCGCAUCGGCCAGCUUCAACCGACCCAGUCCUGGAUUGAGAAGGCAGUCAACGCCAGCAAUCUCGAGAACCACCACGGAGCAGCUGACGGAAGAUAUUCAGCCACAACGGGAGUUUGAUCAGAGAGAGGAGUUCCGACGACCAAGUCUAGGAGUUCCGAAGGACUCGUACAUGUCCCAUGCUUCCAAGUCCUUCUACAAAUCGCUUUCUGCGGAUGAGAGAUACCUCAAGCCAACCGACAGGAAGGAUGACUACCGAUUCAAAGGUAAAUUCCCUGAUCAGAGACUGUCUCUAAGAUUCCUCCUUGGCAAAAACUUCGGAAAACCAGAGUCGAACGGCCCCGAAGAAGCAGACGAAGGCGAAGAGUCUGGGGAUGAGAGUAUUGUUCUCAACAAGAACGGCCAUCCAGAUCGGGUGCGAUACAUCCACAUCCCUCAUAACAACAUGGCAAUGCCAUAUCUUCACUGGGAAGAAGACAGGAAGCGUGACAAGAUCGCCAAAAUAAUCGACGAAGAGACCGCAAAGCAUCGCAAGAAGCGGGAUGACGAGGCCAAAGAAGCGAAGAAAAAUAGGGUCGACUUCCGAACCUUUGCCGGAAAACCUCUCACAACGACUAGAACGGCUCCCACUCAUCCCCCGGAAGAUCCAAACUACUUGAGUAGGAUCCAGGAGGAAUUGAAGAAGAGAGCAUCUACGGCUUCACUUCCCGGGAUCCAUCGCACUGUUACCGAGGUUGCAAAAGGUUUCGCUGAUAGGACCGGACCAGCAAAGGAUGAAAAGCACGAAGACGGGCAGCAACGGCUAUGGUACGUGGCCAAGCUGAAAACCGACAGCCAUGGAAAAAUCAAGGCCAGAAGCAAACUUGGUCAGCUUCUCCUUGAUGCUGCUAGGCUUUACGAGGCCAUUGCUAUAUACAGGGAUGAACAGCUUCUGAAGAAGUAUCUUCACCAUGAUCCCCCGCUGCAUCCUCGGCGAACACUCGAUCAAUCCUACUAUUGGACUUUGAAGACAACAAAGGCUCGCGACCGAGACCAAGUCGUCUAUCGAGGUACCACAAUGGACGACAGAAACAUGCAUCGUUUCCGCGAGCUAGGCAAGAAAGACUGUGCUGGAGAAGAGGGAUGGAUUCGCAAACACUUGGCCCUGGAGAGACUGCUGCAUCAUAAAACGGAUGAUCUUUGCGAGCGCAAUCGCGACCCUGACAACACUUCGGACACGUUCAGAUGGGACGAUCACUGGAUAGGAACAGACACCAACGGUUGCGAUCAUUGCCGUGGUGAGAUCCGCAAGGUUUCUCGAGUUGUCAUGGUUGAUCAGCUUUGGAUGUGGAUACUCGACAAAAAGACGAUCAUUACCAGCUUCCCUAAGCGGUACGGAGCGAACAAGCAGGAUCCCUCAGGUGUGCACAAAUCAAUCCGGACACGAAUCAAGAAUGCUCGGAAGAACCAGAUCCGUUCGGUCUUUGACGUGGCGCUGAUCAUCCUGGACGAGUGUUCUAAUACCUUCUUUGAUCGCACCAAGACCCCGGAUCGGCACCCUCAGGUCAUGGAUAUAUUUGGGGACGCUAUUGGAAACUUGACAGUGUCCUUUCACCAUCUAUGGCACUGGACCAAGAGAGCCUCCCAGUUGUAUGUCUCCAAGUUCAAAUACGAGGACGCGUCGCACUUGCAUCCGCCACUUCUCAACAUCAAUCCUGAAGGGAAGCUUCAACGAGAGAUCAAAGACAUCAUCGACGAACUCGACAUCAUGAUUAAUAUCAAUAACAAACAGAAGGAAGUCAUCAAACGAUUCACGAAACAUGUUGAGAACAUCUACGACUCAAGUGGAGAAUGGAGAGAUAACUCACGGAGCCCUGAUGAUGAUCGGGAUUAUCGUAAGACUGCGUCGUCUCGGGCAUCCUCACUUGAGAGGAAACUGGACGAAAGUAACGAAAAGGAGGCUAAGGAGGUCAAGGAGGCUAAGCGAAUCAGAGAAAGAGAACGACAAGAAUUCAUCUGGUUUCGAAAACAAGCAUAUGACUUGAUCUCAGAUGUUGGCGACAGAGUCCUGGAGCUUGAAGGACUUAGAAAGAGCGCUGAAAGUACAGCUCAAGGGAUCAAAGACCUGCUCGACCUCAAGCAACAGCAAGCUAGCAUUUUGCAAGCUUGGCAGUCGGUUAAACAAGCGGAUGAGACUGUUCGGCAGGGCAGGUCCAUCAUGAUUUUCACCAUUGUGACAAUCAUUUUCCUUCCGUUAUCUUUCAUGUCCAGUGUUUUCGGCAUGAAUAACUCGACCAUCGGAUCAGACAAGAUGACCUUUGGCGAUCAGGCGAACUUCAUGUCUUACAAGAUGCUCGAGACCUGGGUCCUGGUAUAUACUGGAGCCUACUAUGUCUGGCUUAUGGUUUGGGACAAGUAUAAGAAGUUUAUGAAAAGUGACGAUCUUCUCAAGAACUUAGAGAAAGAAGUCAACAGGAUCAAGGGCAAGGUGAAAGACUCAAGAAAAAAGCGUCUGGACAGGAACCAAGACCAGAAGACCGACCAGAGAAACACUGACACUAAUGGAAACAAGCCUCAAGGCAGGAGGAGUCUACAGAAUGUGCAUAAUUCCGCACUGUCCACUGAGCAGGAAGGGCUACGAGAGCAAGGAUCUGAUACUUCUAAGACUGAAGUAGAAUCGCGUAGUCGUGGUUCUUGGCGAUCUAGGCGGCCGUUUUGGCGCAGUCCUAAGGAUCAGGGCUCUGGUCAGGCCGCUGAGGUUUAA